AUGUCUUCUCAAACUCAACAACCAAAGGUUCUCUUUGUCCUUACCUCCCACGAUAAGAUGGGUAACACUGGAAAGCCUACUGGCUGGUAUCUUCCCGAGUUUGCUCACCCAUAUGAUAUUCUCUCUCCUCAUGCUCAAAUCAAUGUCGCCUCUGUCAGCGGUGGUGCUGCUCCUUUAGACCCCGCAUCUGUUGAAGCUUCCAAAGAUGAUGUUUCUGUCAAUUUCUUGAAGAAUGAAGAAUCUCUCUGGAAGAAUACUGCACCCCUUUCAGACUUUGUAGGCAAAGCCUCGGAAUUCGAUGCUAUUUUCUAUGCUGGUGGUCACGGUCCAAUGUGGGAUCUUGCACACAACGAAACAUCUCACAAAAUCAUUUCUGAAUUUCACUCCAAGGAUCGCAUUAUCGCAGCUGUCUGUCACGGCCCUGCAGCCCUUGCAUAUGCCAAACUUCCUUCCGGCAAAUUUUUGCUUGAAAAUGCCCCGGUGACUGGAUUCUCAAACACUGAGGAGGAAGCAUACAUUGGCCUUUCAAACAUGCCUUUUGAGCUAGAGACAGCUUUAGGUGAAGCUAGCCAUGGCAAAUUCGAAAAGGCGUCAGAUGACUGGGCACCACACAUAGCAGUGGCAAAUGGAGGAAAGAUUAUCACGGGACAGAAUCCGGCGAGUGCUAGCGGAGUAGGAGAGGCUAUCUUGGUACAGCUGAGAAAGGAGGGCAAGAGUGCUUAA